UAAUCCAUGUGACAAUUAGAUUUGAAUUUAGCUAAUUAUGCCCUAUCAAGGCGUUGGUGAACAUCAACUUCCAAAAAGUAUUGUUUCCCUGUUUUCUGUGACCAUGGUCCAUGGAGUUAUAUUAUAUACAUUACUCCCGACCAAUUGCCACGAUGAUUUUCUAGGCCUAGGCCUAGGCCUGUCUAGUCUAUCAGUCGUCAUUUGCGAAGAUGGUAUCUCAAUAGAAGAGGCAGAUUUUAUGGAGGUCGUAAAAAAUUAUCCUUGUCUAUAUGACAAGAGUUGCAGAGAAUUUAAAAACAGGGAUACAAAACGGGCUGCAUGGAAAGCAGUGGGGAGAGAAUUGGGGCAUGAACACCCCGAGGCCCUUUACAAAACGAUACGAGAUCGCUUUACAAGAUACCUGAGAGGACUGAAAGUCCCCUCUGGAAGUGGGAGUGUUCCACUCUCAGCUCCUUAUGAGAGUUUGCGCUGGCUGACUGGAUUUAUUAAACACAGAAAAACUGUAUCAAACGAUGACGAAGAAUUUCUGGAAGAUUACCAUAUAUUUUCUUGCCACGUUGAUGCUAGAAAAGAUAACACAUUGAAGUGGUUAGCAGACUUGAGUGCUAAUAAUUCUACACCGCACGUGCACUUGAGUCGUGUAUAUUGGUAAUUCAGAUGCUUGUGGGCAGAGACACUGGUAUCUUGCUAUAAGGUUUACACAAUCUUCUAGCAGCAUAAGCUGUGAUGUUGUUGACAUCCAAGGUCCAGCCAUCAGUUGCUUGUGGCUGCUUCAUGAGGAUAUGAGGUAUAAAGCUGGGCACUCACUGCAUCAUAGGACGGUCAGCCAGCACUCACUGCAUCAUAGGACGGUCAGCCGGCACUCACUGCAUCAUAGGACGGUCAGCCGGCACUCACUGCAUCAUAGGACGGUCAGCCGGCAAAUUCCACUCAGCUUCCUGUGAGUCUGCUGAUUGUCGGUGGCAGUGUGAACAUUGUCAUUAAAAACAAUCCAUCGCGUGGUGUUGGGGGUGGCGCCAGAAUUUGCCCGACGGGGGCCGAUGUCCCUGACGAAGAAAAAAAUGGCCAUGGUCGGUCGUCGAUCAAAAUCCCAGGAAACCCCUGAAAAAUAUGACAAUUUAGGGUGUUUCAAAGGCUUAUUUAAUCGCAUUUUAAUUUAGAGUUUACUGAAAGUCUACUGUAGAAAAUACAUUUUUUUCCCCCGACGAAUUGUGGUUUUUCUCCCCGACAAAGGGGCCCUGGCCCCCUCCAUGGCAUUGCGUGUUCCAUAGAAUAGCGACAACCAACGGUCGCAGUGAAUGCCCGGCUUAAAUUUGACAGUCGGAGAGCUCAGGAUACUGACAUUUGCUGCAGGCAUUAACAAAUUUCAUGUGGAAUCAAAGCUAACAAUUAAUCUGUUUUUUUGAAGGAGCUAUUUUUUAAUUAUUAGUUGGCAUCUUGCAGCAGAAUGUGAGACUGGUGCCAUUAAGGUCAGAUCAUAAAGAUUUUAUUCCUAAUAAUACCAUCAUGGUCAGAUGGGUAUUCAAUGGUCAUACCAGGUGUAGCACUUUGGUCAUCGGAUUUAUUGGGUGUGAUGUAAAUAUUAAGGUUUGUUUAAUUACUCAACAACAGUGGGUCCAGUAUUAAUGAGUUUCAUUUUAUUGCUGAUAAAUUGGUUUUGAUUGGCUAAUAAUCCUAGGUAAUUUCUUAAUCAUGUGUAACUGUAAUCAUGAUUAAAAAAAUUACGAUCAGUGGCAAUUCUAAGAUAGGGAAGUGGAGGAAGUGUCAGACUACUUUAAAAUCAUAAAUUAACAUUGUAUCAUGUAAAUUUGGUGAAAGCUAGGCCUAACGCAGGCCUGUAGCGAAGUAAAAGCAAUAUUCCCCUUCCCCUUCAGGCAUACCGUAUGUUGUGUAAACUUUCAUGUUUGGCCUAGAUCUUCCUUUAAGCUUCCUCUAAUAGUGUAAUAACAUUCUACUUUUCUUUAGGGAUCUAAUUAAAGUGUUGUAAAGGGUAUUGAGGUUUGAUAUUCUGACAUGUGUAUUGGAUGAAAGAGCUCAAUUCACAACAAUGGAUGAGGGGAAAAUGUAAAAAUGAAUAAAUAAUGAAUGAAGGUAAGAAUAAAGCAAGAGUUUCGAACCCCUGACCUCAAGGUUGGGAGUCCAAGCCACAACCGAUGCACCAAACCGCUUAUACAAUACAUUAAAAAAGAGAUAAUGUACACUUCAUUUCACUGGUCAACCUUGUGUUAUUUGUGAGCAGUUCUCUAUCUUCAGUGACUGACAUGUUAAAAAACACCUUUUUAAAGUGAUUCCUUAGAUUUAUAGGCAGUGGGGUUGUGCUGGAAUUACAGGGCAUAGUGGUCUUCAUAUGAUUUACAGCAAGGGAACCCAGUGGGUAGGCUCAGGCAUCUGGUUUGCUGUAAAUCACACCUAGUUAAACAAUGAAAGUUUGGAGAAAGGGGUUUUAAGCAGGCUUUAAUUGGAGAGGUGUUUGUAGACUUACGAGCAUGAUGAAGAGGAGGAAGAGAUAUAACGAUGAAACUGAGAAAGAGGAAGAGAAAUAAUAAUAAUAAUAAUUACUUUAUUUAAACACGGAAAAACUUGAUCACCCAAGGGUGUUUUUCAUCAAGGCCGUGCAAGGCCAAGUGGUAAAAUAU